AUGGCUGUACAGACACCAAAACAAAGAAUAGCAAAUGAAAAAUUCAAUAAGAAUAUAGAAAAGCAUAGAAAGUAUGGUAAGAAGAAGCCAACAAAGAAAGACCAAGAUCGAAAAUUAGGUAUUUCAAAGACUUGGAUAAUGGUCAUUCUAUUCUUAUUAUUAGGUGGUGGUCUCUUAGAAUUAUUAUCUUUCUUCCUAUGA